UUUAACUGUAGUUUGUUAGAGUAGUUUUAGUUCUUCCAUCUUAAUCUAGUUUGCUAGAUAGUGAACUGAAGCUGAGUAAUAGUAACUCUAGAGACCCGUGGAUUCGAUAUUUAUUACUUGAGCCACUAUACUGCAGUCCUUUCAUUGGUUACACUUGGCCAUUGUCAGGUGUUGUGUUUUAGCGUGUCAGAUGACCGCUUAGUGAUUAGCCCUCGGGGUAUUGUGGAAGACGUAGUGAGGGUGGGCACAUUUUAUUAUCUGACGGAUUAGAUUAUCGUUGAUAUAAGUGAAAAUGCUUAUAUGCCCCUCAUACUAGGACGCUCUUUCCAUACCACCGCCAAGGCUUUAAUUGAUGUUAAUGAGGGUACUUUGAUCUUGAGAUAUGGAGAGGAGCAAAUUACCUUUUUUUAUCCUAAGAGUAAGAAUGAUGAUGUUAAGGAAUUGGAAUCGGAUGGUAUGUUUGGAAGCGGAGGUGAGCCACUCAAGGCGAACCCCACUAGUACUCUUGCUCCUUAUGAUGAUGUGAAACAGGGACCUAAGGCGGGUACCAAACCCAAAGGGAGGAAAAAUAAAGCGUGGCGUGCAAAGAUGAGUCACGCCUUUACCCAAAAGAAGGAUAAAGGUAAGGUGAUAGUGCCCGACCAAGAGCGCUGUCCUUUGGAGAUUAAGAUGGGAGGUGACAAGCCUUGCCCCGAGACCGUGGCGGAUCCACUCUCGGAGGCCUUGUGCUCUCAAGCAUGAAGGAUUCGCAAUGUCAAGCUAGGAAUGUUAAACUAGCGUUUGUUGGGAGGCAACCCAACGUAGGUUUGUUUUUGCCCCCUUAUUUUCUCUUUUUGUGAACGAGUGAUCAGUUCAAGUGGUUUAAUGGUGAUCACCGUGCCAGAGUUGUGUGUUUGAAUGUUUUGGAUGUUUUGUGAUUGAGUUACGGGCAAGGUUGACUAGAUCGAGUCUUAAAAAUUUGGAAAAUGCCCUAUUUUUCAUCAGUUCACGGUUUUAGCUCUAUCAUCACGUUCACCGGAACGUGAUAAUGAGGCGAAGACCGUGAUCUCGAAGGGCAAUUCCACUUUGUCAAAACUCACUGUUUUGCACAAGAUCACGGUUGGUGAGUUAUUUUCACGGUCUUAACUACUGUAAAAAUCGACCUCUGUCCAUGAACAGUGAUGCAUCUUGUUAGACAUAAAUUAGAAUAAUUUUUUUAGUUUUUAUUACAAUAUUAUAAUCAAGUUUAGGUUCGUAUAUAAAACUAUUCCUAUUUGCAAUACUACAAAAUCAUAUCUAAUGAUUUUAAAUUGGGAAUGAGAAAUCUAUUGAUCCAUAUUAAAGGGUAAGGAGGGGAGUAUUAUAUUUAGGAGAGACCUGACUAGAUUUUUGGGCCCGAAGAGAAUUUCCUGACGUGUUGUUAAAGGGGGUUUUCAAAUUUUCUUCAAAAAUUCAAUGGAUUAUAGUUAAUUGGUUUUACAUUGGAUUUCAAGAAGUUUUGCGUCUAAAUAUAAUUUUUUUAGGUCAUCUAGAUGAUAUCCAUUUUGAAAUUUUUUUUAUGUCAAAUCAUACCACUUUCAUAUCACUAUAUUACCACUGAAAGUGGUAUGAUUAUGACUGCAAAUGAGCCAAGCCACUCGCAAGCAAUUCGGCUUUCGAAUCGGAAAAAACUCGUUCAACACUCGACUCGUUAUUUAACAAGCCGUUUUGCGAGCCAACUCAUUAGUAAACGAGCCAAGCUUGAGCUAGACCAUGCUCAGCUUGAUAAGCUCGUGAGAUAGCUUGACUCGGCGACUUGUUGAGCUAAGCUUGCAAGCUUCCUUAUUUAAAGCUCGUGGAAGGAUUAAUUACUCUUUUGAACAUCAACAUCAUCUUGUUAAUACAGAUGUGUAUGGAAGUUAGAUGCUAAUUUUAGUUUCUGGUGUUCUUUUUAUCAUUUGAAUUCUUAUGUUCACAUAUUUUUUUGGUAAGAAUGAUUUCCAAUUGAGCUCAUCUUGAGCUGAGCUUGUACUCAGCUUGACAAGCUGUGUUAAUGAGCAUUUAUCGAGCUCUACCGAGUCGAGCUCGAGCUAGAUUAUUUUUAUUCAAGCCGAGCUCGAGCUGGAUUAUCAAAAUUUGUGUUCGAGCUGAAUUUAUUUUAAACGUGCCGAGCGCAAGUUAAGAAAAAAAUCGACUUGACUCGGCUCGUUUAUAGCCCUAGGUAUGAUGAUGCUGUUAGUUUUACCGUAGUGAUAAGAUCAUGAUCUGACUGGUGAGAUGGGUAUUGUGAAAUCUUACCAUUGUGGUAUGAAGUCUUAUGUUUGAAAAAUAUUUUGAUGACAUCAUACCAUUACUAUAUUAUAGUGACAAUCAUGAUAUGAUAGUGAUAAGAUGUGCAAUUCGUCUUACCAUAGUGGUAAAAUCAUGAUACGAUAAUGAUAAGAUUAAAACAAGCAAAUACGU